GCCGAUAACUAGUUUGCGUCAGUUUAGUUGCUCCGCUAACAUUCAGUCUCCGAAUCACCAUUCUCUCGGGUGGCACGAGCGAAGGAUAUUGUGUUGCAAUUCAAGAAGUCUGUGUAAAAUGGCGCCAAAGCGUAAAACCGAAAAAGUUGGUAUAGUUGGCAGCGGUCUCAUUGGGAGAUCAUGGGCGAUGCUCUUCGCUUCAGUCGGCUACCAAGUGACAAUUUUCGAUAUAUGUCCAACGCAAGUCUUGGACGCACUUAAAGAUAUUAAUGUCCAACUAAGAACAUUGGAAAAAGACGGCUUACUACGUGGCAGCCUCGACGCUGAGGAGCAAAACAACUUUAUCAAAGGGUCUACGAAUUUAGCGAAAGCUGUAAAAGAUGCGAUUUUCGUCCAAGAGUGUGUGCCAGAAAACCUAGACCUAAAGAAAAAAGUAUUCCAAGACUUGGACAAAGUUGUAGAUGACAAAACUAUUCUCUCCAGUUCAACAAGUACAACACUGCCGUCACUGUUCUCUGCAGACUUAAAACACAGAUCACAAGUCGUGGUAUCGCAUCCAGUAAAUCCUCCUUAUUACGUGCCGUUAGUUGAAAUAGUACCAGCUCCUUGGACGAAGCCCGAGGUGGCAAAGAAGACCAGAGAAAUAAUGAUAGAGAUUGGACAGGAGCCAGUAUCGCUGUCCAGAGAAAUUGACGGCUUUGUAUUAAAUCGCAUUCAAUACGCCAUUUUAAAUGAAGUCUGGCGUUUGGUUGACGACAAAGUUGUGGACGUUAAGGACGUCGAUAAAGUUAUUUCGGAAGGACUGGGAAUGCGUUACGCUUUCCUCGGCUCCUUAGAAACGGCGCAUUUGAAUGCUGAAGGCAUGAAGAGUUACAUUGAAAGAUAUGGAGAAACUAUCCAUAGUGUGAGUAAUACGUUUGGCGACAUACCACGGAUGACCACGUCUAAGAGCGCGGAUACAAUCUGCGCACAAUUGAACGCGAUGGUCCCGCUGGAGCGACUGCCCGAGCGCCGCGCGUGGCGGGACGCGUGUCUCACGCGAUUGGCGCUCCUUAAGAAGGAAAUGGACACCAAAUACAAUAAAAAUUAAAAUUGGAAUGCCAAAGAGUUAUGUUAAAACAAUGCACAUGGUAUAUUUUAUAAACUGUACAACUGUUCUUAUUUAUUCAUUAAGCAAUCGUUCGGCUUUAUAAAAUCAGUUAUGUGAUAUGUGUGUUAUUAGUUGUUAUAUAUUAAAUGUUAAAAGCAAAAUGAAAACAUUUCAAAAACUUAUUUACUAUUAAAAGAACAAAGCAACUUUGUUAAUAUUUUUUUGAAUUAAAAUGUAAAACCAUACAAAU